UCACACAAGGAGUUUACAAUGUCAAGCAACAUUUCUGAAUGUCAUCUCUAUGAAGAAAUGGAACCCUUUACCUAUUUUUACUACUUGAUUUUUCUUAUGGGAAUUAUUGGAAGCUGUUUUGCACUGUGGGCAUUCACACAGAAGGACCAGAAAAAAAAGUGCAUGAGCAUCUACUUAAUCAACCUCCUCACUGCAGAUUUCCUGCUGACUUUGACACUGCCAGUGAAGAUUAUUGUUGACCUAGGAAUUGCAUCCUGGAGUCUGAGAAUAUUCCACUGCCAAGUCACGGCCUGCUUCAUCUACCUGAACAUGUAUCUGUCAAUCGUAUUUCUGGGAUUCGUGAGCAUGGACCGCUGCCUGCAGCUGAUGCACAGCUCCAAGAUGUACCGCGUGCAGGAGCCGGGCUUUGCCAAGACGCUGUGCGCGGUGGUGUGGGCCAUGCUUCUGCUCAUCACCGUGCCCAACAUGGCCAUUCCCAUCAGGCACAUCGAGGAGCGCCCGGGCGUCGGCUGCAUCGACCUCAAAACCAAAUUCGGGAGGGACUGGCACGUGUUCACCAACUUCAUCUGCACAGCCAUCUUCCUCAACUCCUCGGCGGUGGUGCUGGUGUCCAACUGCGUGGCGGUGCGGCAGCUGCGGCGGCACGGGCAGAGCGGGGAGCGCGGCGGGCGCGCGCGGCGGGCGCUGGCGCACGUGCUGCUGGUGACCGGGGCCUACCUGCUGUGCUUCGUGCCCUACCACGCCGUGCGCAUCCCCUACACGCUGAGCCAGGGCCGUGCCGGCACCGCCUGCCCCCUGCGCCGGGCCCUCUUCAAGGCCAAGGAGGCCACGCUGCUCCUCGCCGUCUGCAACCUCUGCCUCGACCCCCUGCUCUACUACCACCUGUCCAAGGCCUUCAGGCUGAAAUUCACCGAGGCCUUUGUGGCCCCCAAGGAGACAAAGGCGCUCACGGCCACGGAGACGGCGCAGCAGAGCCCAGGGCAGAGCUGCAGCCCUGCCCGUGAAACAGCAGCAGAGCCCAGGGCAGCCCUGCAGCCCUGCCCGUGAAACAGCAGCAGAGCCCAGGGCAGAGCUGCAGCCCUGCCUGUGAAACAGCAGCAGAGCCCAGGGCAGAGCUGCAGCCCUGCCCAUGAAACAGCAGCAGAGCCCAGGGCAGCCCUGCAGCCCUGCCCGUGAAACAGCAGCAGAGCCCAGGGCAGAGCUGCAGCCCUGCCCAUGAAACAGCAGC